GUUGUACAUUAAAACACCAAUACUAUAUAGCAUAGUAGAAGUGCACCUGAAAAAUGUAUGAAUGAGUACACGCUAAACAUACAAUCGUGGUCCUCUUGUACAUCUGGAAUGAGAGAAAUAACCACCUGUGGAACAACAAGAAACGAGAGGAAGGGGAAAUUAUCUCGCAUGCCCUGAAAUGGCUUAACGAAUUCCAAAAUCGGCAAAGGAGGGCGACUCGUCUGCAAAACUCUCGAUCUCAAUCCUGGAUGCCGCCGGAACAAAAUCUCUUGAAAGCAAAUGUCGAUGCAGCCAUUUUCCAAUCUGGAGGACCUUGGAUGGGGAGUCGUUUUUCGAGAUCAUCGAGGUGAUUUCAGGCUUGCUGCAGUGAAGAGAACCCGACGGCGAUGACCCACGAAGAUUGCUGAAGCCAUGGGGAUGAUUUUCGCACUGGAGUUAGUGGAAAGAUUUGGCUUCAAUUGUCUGGAUAUUGAAUAAGAUUGUUUGUUGGUGGUUCAGAAAGUGAAAAGGGAAAUGCAAUCCACCUUGGAAGUGGAGGAAAUGUGCGAAGAGAUCAGACUGUUAGCCGAUCGGGUUGGAGAGGUGAAAUUCGGGUACACGGGUAGGGACUUCAACAGGCCGGCCCAUUUAUUAGCUCAUACAUUUUGUGAAUGGGAUUCUGAGGAGGUUUGGGCCUAGAGUCUCCCUUUAAGUGAAUUGAGAUCCCUGUCUCUUCUCAUUGAUAUCGUGUGAAUAUAUACAAGAGUGAUGGAACGGAAUUAGCUAUUCCUAAGUACAACAGCAACUACUCACUAGAAGUAAGGAACCGAAAACUAAACAGAAAUAACAAAGUGAAAGAGCUGUUAGGUUGUUCCUAGAAUAGCUCAUCCUUAUCAUCCCUUUCUUUUUGGCCCAUGCACUAUGUAAGGACCUUCAGUGUAUUCCAAUCUAAAUAAAUGAAGCAUGCCGAUGCUAGGAACAGAGUGGCUCAUUCGGUGGCUCGUCAUGCUCUGUUGUUGUCACCUUGCUAUCAUAGGGGGUUCGACUACGUUUCUUAUAGUCGAUAGGUUCUUUGUAAUCUGGGAUCGUUGAUUUUCCUCUUUUUAAGAGUGAUCGAUUGGCAAAAAAAAAAAAAAAAAAAUGCCGAUUUAAAAAAAAAAUACAAUCACGGUUGAUUUUAUUGGUUAUGGUCUAUUGACAACCUUUAUCGAAUUAAGAUAGGCAUGGACCGAAAGCAAAUGAAAAUUGAGAACCAAAACCAGGUUGAAAGUAUGUACAAUUUAUUUUGUUUGACUUGGUUAAGUCAAAAUUCAAUUUCGAUCCAUUUUUUUCAUCGUAUUUAAGAUUAUUUAUAAAAUUGAACCCCAAUCAAAAUAUUUGAACCGAUUCGAUGCAAUCCGAUCGGAAAUAGACCGAAUCGUUACCCUCCCCUAUAAAGAUUUUAGGAUGAACCAAAAUGAACACACCUUAAUAACACACCCUAGUGAGGUUGUAAUAUGUUCGUGGCAUGUCAUUGAAUUGAACUCAUUGGGGCAUCCAAACUUGAAUAGGCUCGUUAGAAAGUAACGAAAACUCAGUUUACUAGAGACCAAGAGGUCAACAUUUUCCUUCCAAAAAGGAAAAGAAAGAAGGGGAAAAAGCCACACAUUUGUCAAAAAGAGGGGGUGGAAAGAACAGAGAGGUUGCAUUGCAUGCAGUUCUCAUCAAGAUGGUUGUAAAGGGAAGAAUCUAUUGCUGAAUUUGGCGCCAUAAUUAUUACAAAAAACGAACUGGGCAUUUCAAAUCCAAAAACCCUAGCUAUGGUUUCUUCUUCUUCUGCUCUCUAUGAUCAGAACUCAGAAGUCAUUCAGAAUCUGCGUGUUCUGUUUUUGGCUAAGGAAAAGGUAAGCCAUUCCCCCCCAAAAGCCUAUUUUCUUUGCCUUACGUGUUGCAUCAUGCAUGGCUAUUGCUAUGCCUUCAUAGGUUUACUCCCAGUCCCAGUGUCAGUGAGUAAACCUUACCUGCUACCAUCACAGGAUUCCCAUUAGAAUGCUGAGUGGGAAUCAAAGAAUGAAAAACCGGUCCAAAAAGAGAUUCACACGCUGCCUUGCGAAUUGGUAUGUAAAGCAUCAACAAUCUUGUCUACUACUGUUCACUGCAGUCAUGAACUGACAAAAGAUACCUACUACUCAGAUUCUGAUUGUGAACAGUUUUUGGCCAUUCAUUCAUUCCACAUAAAAACUGCAUUGAAGGGAAAAGACUCCAAACUAAUAAAUCUUAUAUAUCAUUCUCCUCUUUUACUAUUUUCUGCAGCUUUAAAUUUGUGCAGGUCCUGGUUGAUGAACUAUAUGAAUAUGAACUGCAGUCUGAUUAAACAAGAAGAAGAAAGCAUAGAAAUAGGCUUUAAUAAACGCCUCACAAGUAAUGUUGGGCGUCCGUUGUUUCAAAAUUGUGGGCCGAUUUCUAAAGUGCUUUAAUUACUCUUACCUUGAGCUCUAUUACUGUAGCUCGGCUACCUCUAACACACACAAAACCAAGCCUAAUCUCCAUAGCCCAGCUCUGUCUCUGCUCUUUCGGCUCAAUUACCUUCCAUCUAAGCUAAGUUGCAAGGUAGGGGUUGCUGCUGCUUGCCUUCGCCUACUGCUCUCUCUGUACUCUCUCCCAAAUGAAGCGGGCACUGCACUGUUUCAACUUUGACUUAAAAGCAAAAAAGAAAAGUGAAUAAUGUGAAAUCUAGAAACCAAAAACAACUAAAGCGGCCAGGGAAAAAGCAAAAGGAGGGAGAGGGGAUAAGAAGUUAAAACGAUUUUAUGCUCAAAAGAGAAGUGAGGUGAUCUGACUUAAGUGAUAAUAUCAUUGGACCAAAUCCUUAAUCAUGAAAGAGCAGUAGAGCACCACCUAUGAUUAAUUUAUCGGACAUGCAAUGUUAUCCAUCUCGAUACUAGAUCACUCCCCAAAAUCCAUCUUGUCUCCUAGACACGUCCUAAUCUAUUCCUUGUAUUCAUGUUCUAUGCUUUUUUUUUCGAAAGUAAAUAACUAAUUUUCCAACAUUUUUUUAUUCACGAGAAUGAGAGACAGUAGAAGAUGAAUUUGAACCGGAAACUUUUGUCAAACAAGUUCAAGCACCUAAAGCACUAUCACCUUGUUGGCCUAACAGAUCCUAUCUUAAAAGUUUGUGUAUCUAACACUAGGGUGAAUGCUGAAUAUGAUACUACCCCUCAGUUACAUUUACUUACCCUCCAUUUUCAAAGUUCAAACACAGCACAGCAUGGUCUUAAAGAGCUCAGACACCCAAAAUGGAAACUGAGGGUUGCUGCAGCAACUGAGAGUUCAAAACAGAGAUUGAUUAACCCCCCUUCCUCCUUUACUUACCACCUUCAUUCAUGUCUUUUACCAAGUGCGAUCCAAAGAGGUCCCCUUGCUAAAAUCCCUCAUCUCUAGGCCUCCCCAAAAUUCCCUUCUUUAGCCUCUGCUCCUGCUUUUUAUAGUUGUCUGCUUCUAGUUUUUUGAACUGCUGCAAUCCCCAACAAAAGCGCAUUACCAUCAAUGAUUUUCCAGAGAAUAGAAGCUCAAAAUUUGGGACACCAAAAAGCCAAAGUUUUAAAGCAAAGGAAAAAGGAAAGUGGUCACAAGAUUCAGACUAGGUCUCUCUUUUGAAACACAAGGGCCAGAGGGAAGGGAAAGACACUAAUAAUAAUAAGUGAGAAACCCACGUCCCUAUUUAUCAGAAGCCCUCCAUCCAUCCCAACUGCCCUACAAAAACUGCUAGAAAGUGAGGAACCACCUCCAAACACCAAAUUCUCUACUUCUCCCUUUUCAUCAAACGUUGUUGUUUGUCUGUGUGUGUACUAGGAAGGAAGAGACAUGAAGUGGGGGAAGAAUAAGGUUGUUGCUUCAUCAUCUGCUUCUCGGCCGUUCUUGAUCUCUCAUGUGCUUCCGGCCUCUUGGCUCACCAAGUUCAAUCAGAUGAGCAUGGGCUCAGGGCAGCAGAGAUAUGCAACAAAAGCAGCGAACCCAAAAGGGAGUGGUGGUGGUGGUGGUAAACUGAAUUUGAACUCUGCCCUGCCUUUCAGCUCACCGAAUUUGAAUAGUGUCGGCGGCGGUGGAGAAGGGAGAUUCUACGGCGGUGAUGACGACGCCUUCUGGAGGCUGUCGUUUGGGGACGAAUGCCAAGCUUAUGGUGACAACAAGUACGUCUCAGAUGACGACAGCGACGAUGAAAAGUUCCCGCCGUCGAGUUGCCGGAGCUGCUGCGCCAGGUCAAACAGAGUGGGAACGAGAACAGGGGAGGAGGAGGAGGAAGUUGGGAAUUUUGGGGUUUUGCCGGCGGCUGGUACGAGAGAGACGGCAGUGGAAAUCAGAACUCCAAGGCUGAGAUCGGCGGGAAUAGAGAAGAAGGAGAAGAAGGCGAGGAGAUCGAAUUCGAAACGGCAAUUGGGUUCGGAAGAAGUUAUGGAAGCGAAGAAAAAACAGGGGAAGAAUGCAGAGGCAGAGAGCCCAGAAUUCAAGCAGCAGCCGGCGGUUUCAGAAUUAGAAGGCGCCGCGUGGGAUUCAUCCACAAAGGCGGAAAAUUUCGAGCUUGCGGCGGAGAUUCUCUCGUCGGCCGAGUGGGGCAAAGUGAAAAAAGACGCGAGGAAGUCUAUGCACAUAAGUGGCGAGCCGAUGCAGAGAAAACAGAGCAAGCAGGCUGCAGGGAAAGCCAGAGUUGGUUCGCCGAGGACGCCGUCCAAAGCCGAACCUUGCAAAAUCAGAGCAAUUGAAGAGAUGAAGAUGAGAGCUAAGAGAAAGUCCAAGCCGCCGGAGAAAACGUCGGCGGCGGCGGAGGGAUUUGAUUGUUUGAAGAGCUUUGCGGUGGUGAAGAGCUCGUACGAUCCGCAGAAUGACUUCAGGGAAUCGAUGGUGGAGAUGAUUGAGGAGAUGGGGAUUCGGAAGGCGGAGGACCUGGAAGAAUUGCUGGCUUGCUAUUUGACGUUGAACUCUGACGAGUACCAUGAGCUCAUUAUCAAGGUGUUCCGUCAGGUCUGGUUUGAUGUCAACCACGCCGCCACCUGUCAUGAUCGGUGAUCUUAGCUUACAGGAAAUCACCCGAACCAAGUUUGUAUGAUGGAAGAGGAAAAAGAAAACAGAAAUCGUAGUUGUAAGCCUGUAACUGUAAAUUUACCCAUGUUACAUGCAUGUUCUUGUUAACAUCCUGUAUUUUCUCCAUGAAUAAUAGUUAUCAGGGAGC